AUGCCUUCCACAGUCCUCGGAAAGAGAACUCGCAGUGCUGCAGCAUCUGCAGACUCGACACCUGCAUCAAGCCUGCCGGGAAGGCGCAUCGCAACAGACAGACCUACUGCAGACGCAUCGUCAAGAGCGACACGAGCAAAACGAAGACUUGCGAUCAACGAGCCCAACGAUGAGAACCAGAAUCCAUUCGUCACUCACAAUCAACAUGGAGAGGAGAGCGAAGCAGACGCGUCGGAACCGCCAGCGAAGAAGACGCGUUCAUGCGGAAGGACGGCGCCUGCUAAGCACGGCGCGUCCGAAUCCCGCAUUGAUCUUUCUCCCGCGAAUGCAUCUUCUCAUUUCAGGAUCUCGAAGAAAGAGAUCGGCGUAUAUCGGGAUGGAAAGGACGAUGAAGAGAACGCGACCCCAAAGACGCCAAGACAUCGCGACGCGCUUUCGAAGAAAGUCCCCAUCACACCGCGACACCGCCUUCUGACUGCCGCCAGUCAGGCGACUCCGCGGACCGCAAAGACACCGUCGACUCCCUCCAAUGCUGCGAAUACCAUAUACAAUCAGGCGCGCCAGCUCUUCUCGCGAUGCUCCAAUCCCGGAAAGCUGAUCGGACGCGACAACGAGCGAGCCGAACUCUCCAGCUUUCUUCAAAACGCGAUCCAAUCGAAGUCUGCAGGAUGUCUGUACGUCUCUGGUCCACCAGGAACAGGAAAGAGCGCAUUGCUAGAUGAAGUCAUACGCGAGCACACGGAAGAUGCGAGCGUGCCAGUCUCUGUGGUCAAUUGCAUGAGCGUGCGGAACACGAAAGAUCUGAGCCAAAAGCUGUCAGAAGACUUGGGUCUGAACGAAGAUGCUGGUUUUGAAUACCUGCGAAACUGCUUUGUGCGCGGAAAGGCGCGAGACAGCAAGAAAUACGUGGUCGUGUUGGACGAGGUGGACCGUCUUGUGGAUCUCGAUCUUGCGCUUCUGUACAGCCUCUUCGAAUGGUCGAUGCAAACAACUUCACGGCUCGUGUUGAUUGGCAUCGCGAAUGCUCUGGACUUGACAGAUCGCUUCCUUCCUCGCCUGAAGUCGAGAAACCUCAGACCGGUGCUUUUGCCAUUCAUGCCAUACAGCGCUGGGCAGAUCGCAGACGUAAUCACAUCGAAACUCAAGGGUCUAGCACCGGACGCUUCUGAGACAGUUCCAUUCCUGCAUCCAGCAGCAAUCCAGUUUUGCGCAAAGAAAGUCGCCGCACAGACCGGAGAUCUGCGAAAAGCGUUCGACAUCUGCAAGCGAGCAAUCGAUUUGGUGGAUCGUGAGACGCGAGAGAAGGAUGGGAAGACAGCUCUGGAGGACAGCCCCUCGAAAACGCCGUUGAUGGAAAACAUCAACCUAUCGUCUCCUGCAAACUCUCCUCCCAAGCGAAGGGCAGCCUACACCUUGGAGACAGCACCGAAAGCGACAAUUGCCCAUAUGGCCAAGGUGACAGCUCAGGUCUUCAGCAAUGGAGCGACACAACGAUUGAGCGGUCUCAACCUGCAGCAGAAAGCCGUGCUUUGCGCACUUGCGGCGCUAGAGAAGCGCAAGCGCGAGACUCAAGUCGAAAGGACCAUGCUUUGUACGCCAUCAAAAGCGAACAGCACCGCUCCUUCUGUCAAGCAGCUGUUUGAGGCCUACAGCGGCCUCUGCAAGCGUGAGAACCUCUUCCAUCCUCUGACGAACAUGGAAUUCCGGGAUGUUGUGUCUGGUCUGGAGACAUUGAGCCUGGUCUCCGCGGUUGACGGGAAGAACGGCAGCUUCGCAGUGCCUAUCACGCCUUCGAGGACGCCUGGGCGCAAGCCAAAAGGAGCCUUUGGCGGUGCUGCCAUUGGGGACGAAAGGAGAGUUGCGAGUGCGGUGGGAGUGAAGGAGCUCAGUGCUGUCCUGACUGGGCCUGGUGGAGAUUUGUUGAGGGAAAUGUUGGAAGCAGACGGAUUGCAGUGA